AUGUCAUCACACAGCCCCCGAGGCCGUCGCCGACGGGAUAGCUACGAUGACUACAACUACAGAAGCCAAUAUAGUCGAAACCCACCUCCCCAAUACCAAAAAGACGACCGAUACCCAGCCUACGACCGCGGCCGCCAGUGGUACGACGACAACUACGCCUACCGUCACGAGUCCUACGACAACGACCGCAACAGCAAGCAGACGACCAAGCAGGCCGAGAGGCGCAAGCCCAGAAACAGCUCCCUCAAGGAGGUGACCAGCAGGAUCAAGGACCUGGUCGUGCGCUCGACGUCGCGCAAGCGGGAGUCCUCUCCGGACGCCAAAAGCGACGUGACCGCGGCGUCGAGCCAUACCCGCGCCGCCCAGAGAAGCCUGAGCCUGGCCGACUCGAGCCGCCGUCACAGUCUCAGCCGCAGUCGGAGCCGCAGCAGGAGCGUGGGCAGUCACGCCAGCUCGGUGCACACACGCGCCACCACAAAGAGCCGUGGGGCAAAGACGUCGGGGGCCAAGAGCGAGCGCGGCGGCGACAAGACCAGAAAGCGAGACAAGAGCAGUCACGGGCGGGAGCUUGACCACAGCGAGAGGAUCAAGCAGGCGCUGCUGGCGGGGCUGGCCGCGGGGGCAGUGGAAGCGAUCCGUGUGCGGAACGAGCCGGGGCCGUGGAGGGGCCCAAAGGGGAAGAGGGUCGUGACGGCGGCGUUUUCGGCGGCGGCGAUCGAAGCGGCGAUAGAUAAGCAUCCUGAUCACAACCCCAACAAGAAGGCUGUGAUCGCGAGACUCGGUGGACUGGUGAUGAGUCGGCUGAUCAACGGGCCGACGGAGAAGAAACGAAAGGGGAGGUCCGGGAGGAGAAGAUGA